GAGAUGGGAUUAGGAGCAUUGAGAAGCGUGAUUCGUCCUUUGGCGAGAGCUGUUGCAACUCAGAGGGCGGUACAUUUUCCCUCGACUUCGGGUCCGUCUCCAUCGCCAUCGUCGGCAUUAACCGAGUUGUGUUGGUCUUUUGGUUCGCAGCAGCAGCGCAACAUUCCAUGGAUUCCGUUGUCGAAUGGUUUUUGCAGCUUAACAGAAACUCGAUUCCCUAAGAGAAGGCCCACUGACAAACCUCGCAGGAAAAGGGCCAGUUUGAAACCACCAGGUCCAUAUGCUUGGGUUCAGUACACACCUGGUGAACCAAUACCUGCUAGCAGACCUAAUGAAGGAAGUGUUAAGGGAAGGAAGGAGAAGAAGCGCAUGAGGCAGCGGAGAGCAUUUAUACUGUCAGAAAGAAAGAAACGAAAAGCUCAGGUGCAAGAAGCUAAUAGGAAGAAAAGGGUCGCGAGAGUAGAGCGCAAGAUGGCUGCGGUGGCAAGGGAAAGAGCAUGGACUCAAAGACUAGCAGAGCUGCAGAAACUAGAGGAAGAGAAGAAGAAACCCAUGGCUUGAAAGGAAGCAGUCCAGGAUAUACUAUGCUUCCUUUGUGGAUGGUAAUGUAAUUCAUCUUUUUUUGAAUUAAUAAAUAUCAGAUCAAGCUUCUUGAA